AGGGGCAGAGUAAUUUUGGGGCGUGGUCGGGGAAGAGGAAAAGGGAUUGGCCGUGGAAGAGUUGCCACGGAGACUGGUCCUGGUUCCAGUCCAGCUCCGAGACCGGGUUCCAGACUGAAGAUAAUCCGUGGUCUGAAGGGACGAGGAAAGACCAUCAUUGCAAUCAGGAGACGCCUCUCAACCGGUAGUCUGAAGCAGCAGUUGGCAACCACACCCACCAGUGGGCGUGGCCGAUCACGUGGGCGCGGAAGGGGGCGUGGCAGUUUCAGUGCGGGAUCUACUCCAGUGGCUGGCCCAUCUGAAACGACCACACCCAUCAGAGUCUCUGUUGCCAAGGAGCAGACAUUUGAACCAGUGGGUGUGGAUCUUUCGCCAAAUUUCGGAGCUACGCAUCACACGCAGAAAUCCCUCAAUGCCCGGUUCUCCCAGUCUCCACGCUCACAUGUUCAGAGAAUGGUUAUGACUGAUGGACGCAAUGUCCAGUACAGCUAAUUAUGCAUAUAAUAUUUUCCCCUUGCUCUCUCUCUCAACCAUUUCGUGCACCACCCCACACCUUAAUUGCACUACAUUGCAAUUGUACAGUGUCACUUGCUUAUUAUUAACCCUUUUCUCACUGUCACUAAUACCGUGGAACUAUAAUUAUAGCCACACCAUCAUUUUCUACCAGCAGAAAUCUCCACAUAAUAAUAAAAACAAUGUCACAAAUUUUUUCCUGCAAAAAGUUAAUUUCCCAGAAUGGUGUCAAUGUCUUGCACAAUGUUCUUCGUUUGCCUGAGAGCAUCUUUAACAAACGGAGGAAAUUCUGGUUGGCCACACCCCUCAUUUAGCUGGCCACACCCACCAAUCCCCUGUCGAUUUGAGGGAGUAAGCUGGUGUGUCAUAAUAGCAGUGAAUCUCUCAAUCUUUGACAGUUCCGCCAACACUUCUCUAAAAGAGAAAAGGAAAAAAGUAGUGCAUGAAAAAUGGUCUUACCCAUUGCUAUAUACUGUAUGAACCUCUGAAAAAUGGACC